UAAGCGUAAUAGACCCGUGCCAAUACCAAAAUAAAAAACUGUUGACAGUUUUCUUAAGUUUUUGGACGUUUCUUUCGUUUUCUUUACAAGUUCAAGCUCUCGCUUUCCACUUACGCUUAUAGUUUAUCUGUGCUUUUACCCACUCGAACAGGGCUGGACUCAUGGCCGAUUCACGAUCUUUCAAAGAAAAAUAUUAUAGGUUACGAGAAAAGUACGAAGCACUGAACAAGCAAAGGGACGACUUGAAACAUAGUCUAGAGAUAACCAAGCAUAAGGCGCGGAAGUUAAAGGAGGAAAAUAAUCACUUACUUGACUUAAUGAUGGACAUGAAUCCUAGUCUUGUCGAUGACGUAUCAUCAAACUCCUCCGAAGACAUGAUAUUGUCCGAUGCUUCCUCUGAUGAAGAUGAUGCUAGUAUUGCUGUUAUGAGCCGAUACGAACCACCAAAAACUACUAAAGAAUAUCGACGAAAAGUUUCACCACCAUCAUCACGAAAAAGUCAUACAUCCCCUCAAGCAUCGAACUCGAACAAACCUGGUAAACGAAAGGCUGAUGAUGGAGGUGCUGAUGAGUUACCGCAGAAACGUCGUCGAAAGCCACCGGGUGUGAAAAAGAAGCGAGAUGAUCGUACAGAUGCCAAAAGAAUAGAGCCUUUACCUAUGAAUCCUGAUGGCACAUUGAAAUUACCGGUUACAAUUGGUAAAGGAACCAAUGAGGUGACGAUUUAUAGGAUAGGUGAAAUAGUAUGGGAUAGAGAAGCAUAUCAUACCAAUCGUUAUAUAUUUCCUGUUGGUUUUAUGAGCAAAAAACAAUAUUUGAGUGCUGUCGAUGUUACGAGGAGGACAACUUAUACCAGUGAAAUCUUGGAUGGCGGUGAUACUCCGAUCUUUCAAGUUACUGCAGAAGAUCAGCCUGGUCGUAAGUUCGUUGCCAGUUCAUCGAGCGGUGUAUGGAAAAAGAUCCUUGAUGAAAUCAAUGUACAAGGAGUUCCUUCGAAGACGCACGCUAGUGGUCCUGAAAUGUUGGGGUUAAGCCAUUUAGGUAUUACCAAAUACAUUCAGGAAUUGCCUGGUGCGGAAAAAUGUACAAAGUAUGUUAUGCAACGUUGGAUAGACGACGAUCAACCCAUGCAAAUUCAACAACCUAAGAUGGAUGAGGAUGAGGAGGAUGAUAACAGACCGGGAGUGACGAAUGGUCAUGCUCAUUUUAUUGAACACCAAAUAAAACAGGAAACUGGCAGUUCUUAAAAUUUGCCUCGGCUUAUUUUACUUGGUUAUAUUUACUUUCUUUAUUAUUUUCACGAGAAAUAUAAUAUCCAUUAAUGCUAUAUAAAUUCAGCAAACUUGAAAUUUUUUUAUGUUAUAUUUCUCUUCGAUUUUAUUUUGUUUAUAUAUAUAUUUUACUAAUUGAUUUUUUUCUUUUCUUUAUUCACGACAUUCUUUGACAUUCUUUUAAAUCAAUUAUAUUAGUAGCAAAAAUAUAUGGAUAUCAUAUUAAUUAUAUCUUUAGGGUUAGCUUAGGAAUCUAAAAAAAUUACGAUUUUCCUCAUCAUAUGUACAUAGAUAUUAACAGAUUUAGGGUAUUUUAUUAGUGGUGCAAUAUUCUUUACUCAAAAGCUAAAAAAAGCUAAAAAAAGCUAAAAAAAAAAACAAAAAAACAAAAAAAAAAAA